AUGGGUAAGAAGAAAGGUUAUAGAAAAAGGAGUAGUAGUAGUAGCAGUAGUAGUUCUAGCAGUAGCUCGGGAGGCAGGUACAAACCUGAACGAAUCGAGAAGCAGAGAUUAAAGUACAGAAAGAAAAUGAUGAAAAAAAACCAUUGCGUUUGCGGAUUUUGCCCUCCUGGUAGUCUAGCUUGUGACCAAAACUUCAUGCAAAGAUAUCAGUAUGGGAUAACCAAAGGAUAUGGACCAAGUGGGCCACAUAUUGGAGGUAAUUACAAUAAACACAACCUAAAUUAUCCCAAUGCUAUGACACCACAAUAUCCACCUACACAACCGUUCAACCCCAUGCAACAAGUUCCAAUGAUGCCACAACAACCUGCAGCGUUUUCUAACCCUAGCAUGUUACAAUCAAACGCAUUCCCUCAACCCGGAGGCUCCCAACAAACAGGUUAUUUCCCGCACUCAGGAAUGCCGCAGCAAAAUUAUGGCCCAGGUCAUUAUGGGAACCAACCUUAUCCUCCUUAA